CAGAAAUUUGUCGGUACGGCGGCGGCGAGAGGUUAACUUUUGGAUAACGUGUCAGCGCUGUGGGUAGCGCUUCCACCGUCAAACUGGCAGCCAGCACCCUCACCGCGAUGAACCCCCAUUAUCAUCCCUACGGAGGUCCGGAGUUGACGUCUCCGCACCCUCCGAGUCCAGACAACAAUAAUUAUUCCGGUCAUCCCGGACCGGGCGGUCCCCACGGACAUCCUCAUAUGCACCCCAGUAAUGGACACAGCAUCGGACCACUUGGACAUCCCGGUGGCCCACACGAUCAAUUCUCACAUCCGCACCAUCAGCAUCCGGCAUUCAGCAGUGCAGGUCCACCGCCCGGAGCGCCGCACCAUCCUCAUAGUCUUAAUAAUAACAAUAAUAAUAUCAAAAUAUGUGGUGGUUGUGGUGGAAAAAUCGUAGAACGUUUCCUUCUCCAUGCACUGGAUCGCUAUUGGCACAACAGUUGUUUGAAAUGCUCUUGCUGCGGGGCGAUGUUAGCGGAUAUUGGCACGUCGUGCUUUACAAAAAGCGGAAUGAUCCUUUGUAAACACGAUUAUACGAGGUAA